CGCCCCCCGGGGGUUGGGGGGGGGGGGGGGGUGCUGCCGGCGGCUCCGCCUCCCCCCCGCCGCCCCCCAUGAGGAUGGAGGCGCGGCCCGACCCCGGCUCCGGCUUCAAGGCCUUUCCCCGGCGCGCCCCGCUCCCCCAGCCCCCCGGCAAGUUUUUACCCAACAAGAUCAGCGGUUUCGCUUGCCCCGCUGGAAAUGCGUCCUGCACUCUCAAUUACAGCCCAGAAGUCCCCUGCCCCGAGAGCUACCGGGCAGCGGGGGAGCCUCGAGCCUUCGGUUCCAGCGCCAACGGGCAGUGGAGGGGCUUGGUUCCCCCGCUGGGCUCCGCGCCGCAGAAGCCGAGGAUGAGCCGAGGCUCUUACCUUGAAGCUCGCAAAAACCCCAGCGGGACGUCCAACAGCUUCGUGGGAAAAUCCAACCACCAUUGCCAUGCGUCGGCUUUUCCGAUCAAACCCGCUCAGAGCCCUUCCUGGAGCGGCCCGUGUCGCCGCAGCCUGCUCAGCCCCAAGAAGACUCCCCGGCGGUUCGUCAGCACGGCGGAAGAGACUGUUCGAGAGGAAGAGCGGGAGAUCUACAGGCAGUUGCUUCAGAUGGUCACAGGAAAGCAGUUUUCCACGUCCAAGCCCUCCUCGCUCUUCCCCUUCCACCUAUCCAGGUGUUCGAAUUCGGGCAAAACCGUGGCGAAGGAAGCUCCCAGCAAGAACUCGAAGCUGUUUGAAGCUCACGGCGCUGCGCCCGCCGCGGCCGGCGUUCUGGGAGCGCCGGAGCAGCCGCCGCACAAACCGUCGCUCUACUCCGCCCCCAGCUAUCCCCCCAAUAUCUUUGAGUCCGGUAACUCCACAGCCCAGCGUUGCCAAGAAAAUCUACCAGCAUCUAACGUGCAGUCUGAAGGGUCAGACUCUGUCAUUUUGCUCAAGGUAAAGGAUUCCAGAACCCCAGCACCAAGCCUCCCGUUCUUCCAGGCAGAACUGUGGAUCAAAGAGCUGACCAGCGUCUACGAUUCGCGAGCUCGGGAGAGGUGGCGGCAAAUUGAAGAGCAGAAAGCGCUGGCCUUACAGCUGCAAAGCCAGCGGUUGCAGGAGCAGGAACAUUCGGUGCAGGAUCUGGUGGAUUUAAAUCUUCGAGUACCCCUUGAGAAGGAAAUCCCUGUCACGGUGGUCCCGGAAGAGAAGGAGGAUGCCAAGUCAGCCGACGGCGAAGAGGAGUUCCCUGAAAUCACUGAGGAAAUGGAAAAGGAAAUAAAGAACGUGUUCCGAGGCGGGAACCAGGAUGAGGUCCUCAGCGAAGCUUUUCGGUUAACAAUCACUCGGAAGGACAUUCAGACCCUCAACAAUCUGAACUGGCUCAAUGAUGAGAUAAUUAAUUUCUACAUGAAUUUGCUGAUGGAGCGGAGCAAAGAGAAGGGUUUGCCGGCGGUUCACGCGUUCAAUACUUUCUUCUUUACCAAAUUAAAAACGGCGGGGUACCAAGCGGUGAAACGGUGGACUAAAAAAGUGGAUAUCUUCUCGGUGGAUCUCCUCCUGGUGCCUAUUCACCUGGGAGUGCAUUGGUGCCUAGCAGUUGUAGACUUCAGGAAAAAAACCAUCACCUAUUAUGACUCCAUGGGUGGAAUAAACAGCGAAGCCUGCAGGAUACUGUUGCAAUACCUAAAACAGGAAAGUCUUGACAAGAAAAGGAAAGAGUUCGACACUAAUGGCUGGUCCUUGCUGAGUAAGAAGAGUCAGGAGAUCCCGCAGCAGAUGAACGGCAGCGACUGCGGGAUGUUCGCCUGCAAAUACGCCGACUGCAUUACCAAAGACAAGCCCAUCAACUUCACGCAGCAACACAUGCCCUAUUUCCGAAAGCGAAUGGCCUGGGAAAUCCUCCACCGCAAGCUGUUAUGAUGACGUCGCGCCCGAGCGCCGCCGCCUCGCGAGAUGGUUUGGGAAGCGCCCGGGUUUGGCCCAGCACCCGCCGGGCACGGGCCUGCCCAGGCCUUCCCUCAGACACCCGGGCACCCAACUCUGCACCCUGUUUUUGAUAAAACACCGCUCACGGACCAAGGCGCAAUAGAAACGUUCAGAAGCACACUUUGCCAUUUUUUGCAUAAAUUUUUAUUUUUUUUUUUUUUUUUUUCCGCAUUUUGUUUGCAUUUCAGAACCUAUUUUUACAAGCAGUUUCAGGUGCUGAGACUUGAAGGGGCAGCUCCGGACGUUCAGGGAGCUCUUCCUCUUCUGCUUUUUUGCAGCUCUUGCUGCCAGCUCGGAGCUGAUGGCGUGGCUCCACGGGGCAGGGGGGAGACCCCCGGGGUGGGGAGAGCCGGAGGUCGGGUGGGCAGAAGCCUGUUUGGGGGGGGACGGGGACACGUGGGGAGGGUUUUGCGUGUAGCAGAACGUUUUCGGCGCGUCCCCCACUGCCGCGUGAUCUCGGCUCUGCCCUCAGAGCCAGCGUUCCCGUGCCCAGCACAACCCCUGCCCCUCGGCACCCGCGGGCGGACAACCUGGCGCCCGCAGCGAGCCGGGCCGGGGGCAGGUCGGGCACCCCCCCCAGGGUGGCGGGCAGGAGCCGCCGUCUCUAAAAGUAACUAUUUUGUUAAAUGCUGCUUUGGCAGAGGCGUUUUUCUUCGCGAGGAUUUGGUUCCCCCCCCCCCCCUGUUCUUUAGCAUCGGCUCUUUGCGGAAACUCGGUACGGAACCGCCGAGCCGAUGCGCCCUUGAGUUGGUUUUGUACAUAUUUCCAAACGUUUCUCCCGAGUGACAAAGAACAAAGUCUGCGUGUGCGUUUGGGUUUGUUGGGUUUUGGUUUUGGUUUUUUUUUUUUUUUGUCUUUUUCUCCUUUUUUUUUUUUUUUUUUUUUUUUUUUGCCCGCCCUGGCUUUGCCUCCUCGCGGCUUCUGGCCACCUCUGUCCUUGGACGCGUCGCUCCUCCCUCACCGGGGUAUUUUGCACGUGCUUUGCCCCCGGGGAUAAGGGCUGACGCGAGGGCCAGGGCUGCGGGGAAGGCCGAGGCACCGUGGCCGCGGCGAGAAGUGCUUCCACGGGCACCUCCGGGCCCUCUUCCCCCACGCGGGGGGAGAGGGAAACGGCAGAAACCCACCCAAAAGUGGGAGUUCGGGGGACGUCCCGAGGCUUCUGCACGUUUUUCUCGGGGGGUCGGGUGGGGCUGUGCUGGUGCUUUCGCCUGGGUUCAUUUCUUCUCGAGCGCCAGGUGGGAGGAAGCGGCGAGUGUCUGACAAGCUUCCCCAGCCGCGGAACCUGCUGCUUUUCCCUCGUGUACAUAGCCUUUUUAAGUAUGAGUAAAGACUGAGAUAACGUCCACUUUUGUAUUUUUGCCUCCAGAUAGGGAUAUUUUAUACAUUUUUCUCUACCUGUAAGCAGUAGUUUUGUACAAAAUUUCUCCCUUUCGCCCCUUGCUCCCGCCAGGUUCUGUUCUUUGUAGGCUGGUUUGUACCUGUUCCCUCUCCCCUCCGUGUGUUUUAUACCAAGUUCAUUUACUACCUUUUUCUAUCUUUUACUGCAAGUAAAGAUCUGAGGAAAAAAAAAAAAAAAAAAA